ACAUGCAUUCUGAAAACAGGACAGCGGCAAGGAGGACACUGUUUUAAUUGCAACACAUACAGUAGUUAAGCAGUCAACAUCAUCCAAAUGUCAAGACGUAAAUCAGAAAAAGAUUCCAGUACUUCCUGUCACAAUGAAGCAGCUGAGGCAGAUGAAGUAUACUCAGGUUACCUGUGCAAGUCCCCUCCUUCUAGUCUAAUCAAAAAUAAGAAAGCAUGGAAACGUCGCUUCUUUGUGCUUUCAAAGACAAAAGACAGCAGCCAUGAGCUAAAAUACUACAAAACCACUGAGAGAGACAGUCAUAUCAAAUCGAUAGUGGUUUCCACCAUCACAAAGCUGUAUAUGCGUCCUGAAUCGCAUUCAACUUUUGAAUGGAUCUGCAAAAACUUCGGGUGCUCUUCAUCAUCUGUGCUCUUCAUGAAAGCAGAAGAUCCAAAAGAGAAAGCCCAAAGAGAAUAUAUAUUCAUUGGAGACACCAGUGAGGAGGUGGAGAGAUGGUUCAAUGCUUUAUCUGGGAUUUUGAAGAAUAUCAAAUCGGAGUCACAAACUGAACCUCAGAUCAAGGCAAAAUCCAACUCUAGUGACCAAAACCUCCGUGACACUGACAAGACUAAAGUUGAUAAUCAACCCCAACUGCCUCCAAAGAAGUCAGCAUCUAAAGUUGUUACCACUCAGUAUGGUCCAUGUAGCCAACCACCCAAGAACAGUCCAUCUGCAACACAGGUGUAUACAGAGAUGAACAAAGAGGAAAUGUCAUCAAGGCAGAGCGUGACUUCAUCUGAAGGCAGUCUGUUGGAUUGUGUCACAAAAGCCUUGAAUUCUUUGACACAGCAAACUGAGUCAGACAGUGAAACGCACACCAUUGUCGAGAAGGAAAUCUGCGUAAGUCAUCGUGAGCUGAAGAACUUGAUCUUUACAGAGGAGGAGGGCAAGCCAUGUGUGUCUGAGUGUCAGCAGAUUCAGGACUCAUGUCCGUUCCAGAAGGGGGAUCAGAUCCUGGCUGUCAAUGACCUGUUGACAGACACAGUGGAGGAGAUGCACAGAUAUCUAAAAAGACUUAGCAAAGAUGAGGUAAAAUUGACCAUCCGACGGCUCUCACUCCAUUCCUCUCCAUCUGAACCCUGCUGAGAACCAAAACUAAACGAUCUAAUCUCAUAGCACGUUGUUUAUCUUCUUCAUCUGAUUUUCAGGCACCAACUGUUCUCUCAUUAAGUUUCUCAUGCAUUUUUUUCUCAGUGAGUAACUAGCAGCACUGAGCUGGAGAUCAGUUCACACCAAAAUGCGCUGAUAAAUCUGUUUUAUCAUAAUAUAACUUCUAGACUUGCUUGUGGAGACUUCUAAAACUAUACUUCACUGGAAUUUAUGAUUUGUUAGUGCCAUACCAAACAGACUGAAAGCUUUUCACACAACCCAGGUCGUCAGGUUGUAAAUACAGGUUGUCAAAAGUAAAACAAGUAGCUUGUUUUCCUGUGUAGCCUACACGAAGGCUUUCUGAGUUCAUGUUCUACUAAAUCUUACUAAAGAGGAAAAACCUGUUAUACUUGUAUAGAAUAGGGAAAGAUGAAUAAAAGAGACAAACUUUCUUCUA